AAUAUGCACGAGCGAGUGAACAGAACUGAAAGGCAGUUUAAAUCUCUCCCAGCUAACCAACAGAGUCUCCUUCCUCAAUACCUUCCUCAUCUUGACAAGAUUCGGAAAUGCAUUGACCAUAAUCAAGAGAUACUACAGACCAUUGUGAAAGACUGCACUCAUAUGUUUGAAAAUAAGGAAUAUGGAGAAGACGGAAGAGGGAAGAUUACACCAGCUUCAACAUUUGACAUGGAUAAAUUAAAAUCCACUUUGAAACAAUUUGUGAGAGACUGGAGUGAAGAGGGAAAGCCUGAGAGAGAGUCCUGCUACCAGCCAAUCAUUAGUGAAAUCAUAAAGAACUUUCCAAAAGAAAGAUGGGAUUUCUCCAAAGUUAAUAUCCUGGUACCUGGUGCUGGGCUAGGUAGAUUGGCGUGGGAAAUAGCUAAGCUCGGUUAUGCUUGCCAAGGAAAUGAGUGGAGCCUCUUUAUGCUCUUUUCUUCUAACUUUGUACUCAACAGAUGUUCUGAAAUUAACUCAUGUAAGCUUUAUCCCUGGAUUCAUCAGUUUAGCAAUAACAGAAGAUCUGCUGAUCAGAUACGUCCAAUUUAUUUCCCUGAUGUUGAUCCUCACAGUCUUCCUCCUGGUUCAAACUUCUCUAUGACAGCAGGGGAUUUUCAAGAAAUUUAUUCUGAGUGCAAUACGUGGGACUGCAUAGCAACUUGCUUUUUCAUAGAUACAGCACAUAAUGUUAUUGAUUACAUUGAUACUAUAUGGAAAAUACUGAAGCCUGGCGGAAUAUGGAUAAAUGUAGGUCCUCUCCUUUACCACUUUGAAAACUUGGGAAAUGAACUUUCUAUAGAAUUAAGUUAUGAGGAUAUAAGAACUGUUAUACUAAAAUAUGGAUUCCACAUAGAGGUGGAGGAAGAAUCCGUACUGUCGACUUACACUGUGAAUGAACUCUCCAUGAUGAAAUACUACUACGAAUGUGUGUUGUUUGUGGUGAGAAAACCAGAAUAGAAGUGGUCUGAAUAGUUUAAUAGGAAAAAAAAAAUGUUGUCUUGAAAGCUCGAAGUGAGAAUCAAAUGGACUAGGUGAUGUCUGGACACAA